AUGUUCGUCUCGUAAUCAACGAAUGUAAACAUAAGUGGUGAACAUGGAAUCGAACAAUAACAUUAUACAUCUUGAAGAAGAAACUCAUUUAAACACAAAAGGGGAAUUAUGGAAGCCCAAUAAGAAGGCACGAGCUUCUUUGGAACAGCAUGGAUACAAAUUCAAAGAUACAAUAGCAACCUGCGAAUUUUCCAAAACAAAGGUUGCACAUCUGCAAAAAGAGAACAUCGAUGUUGCCGUAAAAAUUAUCAAAAAGAACAAACUUCAAAUGGAAGUACUGAAAAAGUUUGUUCCCCGAGAAAUAGCUAUUCUUCAACAGAUCCAGCAUCCCGGAAUUGUCGAACUUUUCGCCGUCUUCGAGUCUCCUUCCUGUUUUUACCUGGUCAUGGAACUUUUCCCCCGCGGGAACCUCCUGGAUUUCGUCAACAACCUGGGCCAUUUGAUAGAGCCUGACGCCAGGCGAUUCUUCCAUCAGCUUUUGGACAUUGUGGCCUACCUCCACUCAGAAAACAUUUGUCACCGAGACAUCAAGUUGGAAAAUCUGAUGCUGGAUUCCUGCUUCAAUCUUAAAUUAAUAGAUUUUGGUUUUGCUCGACACGUGAGGAAAUCGGAACUUCUCAACACAAAUUGUGGUUCGUACGUGUACACAGCGCCAGAGGUGAUGGAGGGAAAGCAGUAUGAUGGGGCACAGGCAGACAUCUGGAGCAUGGGUGUUUGUCUGUACGCCAUGCUGUGUGGGAAGCUGCCCUUUCGUGAUGAUGACGUGGACAUCUUGAGGCUGGCAAUGCAAGACAGGCUUCACUUCCAUCGCCACGUCUCAAAAGCCUGUAGGUAUUUGUUGCGGAAGAUGUUGAGUUAUGAGCCGGAUCUCAGGCCGUCCAUACCUGGUAUCAGGAAGACCGACUGGAUGUGUAAACCAAUCAAAAACGUGGGCGAGUCGUCCGUAUCCUCUCUGUCCGUGGCUGCAGUGACAUCGGAGAUGUGUCCGAACGUCACAAUUGAUCCCAAUACCGAGCACGGCUUUUCCUGCAACCAGAGAGACCAGAAAUUCAAGUCCACCAAGGUGUCGGAUCUGCUGCGCUGUGUGACGGAGAACCACAGUUCUGGUACCAGCACAGUCAACUUGGAGGCCAUUCCUGUCAUCAAGCCCGCCUCAGUAGCCGCCAUCACUGGAGUAGCGGGCCCUGUAGGCAGAAAGAUCAGCCAACAGCUCGGCCUCAAUAUUGAUGAGACCCCAAAAAACAAAAAGCCUGUCAAAUCUGGUCUGGGUAAAGCUGGUUUUGGCCGCGCCAUGAAGGCGAUGAAAACCUUCAAACGUGCCACCACCGUAAUCAGAGCCACGAGGCGGUUCCGAAAAGGCCCCUUGGAUACCAUUCUCAAAAUCUCCCAGGAGGAGGCCAUGGCCAAGAUAUUAGACGAGAACCACAAGAAGCAGGAACACGAAAUCAAGGAGCUACAUCGCUGUACCAGCGGUCGACUGGCCAGUCAGCUCAAGACUAUGCUCAACGAGGAGAAUCUGGAGAAAAAGAAGAGCCAGCUGGAGAUGGAGCAGGCCAAACAGAGGCAGGAAGAGCGCACCUGUAAGCUCCGUCAAACCGUGCUCCACCUGAUGCCCAAUCUCAAAAACAUCUAGUCCACGAUCCCUUAUUUUCCUUUUCGUAUAUCGUAAAAUCAACAUUAGCUUUGUUUAUAUAUCUCAUAAGUUAUAAUUUAUUGUAGUUUGCAAAUGAUAAAAAAAACAAAAACAUGA